CUUGAGAUGUAUUAGUUGUUCCCCUGGAAUUUAAAGCCUUGAGGUCGUGACGGGAACGUAAUUACAAAAUGAGUGUCAUCGAAAUCGCCUUCCUCCACCUCAUCAACGACCCCUCCUCCAUAGACCGCCACUGGCCCGCCAUCACUAGUAAAUUAAUAACACCAAACCCAGGUAUUGUCACGGGGGGGCAUGGUGUUAUAUCUUACCAAAACGACCAGAGCGUUCAAGAUGAUGACUUAACCAAAGUCCUAGUAAUCGAAUGGCGUGAUCAGCGCGCAUUCUACGACUUCGCAAAUUCUGAUCAGGCGAAAACAUUCCAACAUUCUAUCAAACCCCUUCUCAGAGCUCCGCCAGAUUUGGAAAUGUAUAAUGCUGAUCGCCCAAUCCCAGCGGCCUUUGGUAGCAAAGAAGUGGUCGAAAUUGUGCGGGUGUCGGUGCCAGACGCCGAUGACUACGAGAGAGUUCGGAGUGUUUGGAUGGAGGAUAUUGGACUGGAAGAGGCGGUCUUGUGCGGAACCAACUUCAAUAAGGUAGAUAAGAACUUGUUUAUAGGAGUUCUUCUUUGGAAUAGUUUCGAGGAACAAGCAAGUGUAGAGAAGCAAUGGGUGACCCCUCUGUCAGCCAUUGGGGAGGUGUCAACCUAUGUGCUGCCGAUAACCCCAAUUGCCCUAUAAGAUUUACAAUGCAAAUGACUACAUCGAUAAAUGUAGAAGUCGCUGGAGGACGAUAUUGAGGAC